UGACAGCGGUUAAAUUAGAUGGGAGACGAGGAGGGUCUAACUUCAUUUUAAAAGCGAAGGAUAGCGUUGCAAGUCGCUUCGUAAUUUUCAGUAGAAAACUAAAGCUGCAUGUGUUUAAAUUCGUGGUGGUAACUCAGCUUUCAACGACACUGUGGAACUAGUUCGGUUGGCGGAUUUGGAUUUGGACCGUCAGGUUUGAGGAAAGAGGCUCUUCAGGAGUUUUGCCUGACGUUGGGAACAGCAUCUGAUCUGGCGAUGGGUGAGCAGGAGAAUCCACUGGACAGAGACCACUGUCUGUCUGUGGUUCUGCCAGGGGGGGUGGAGAAAAACGCCACAGUGCAUGGAAGUAAACCAGUGAUGGACUUACUGGUGACCCUCUGUGCGAGUUACCAUCUGAAUCCGUCUGACUACACUGUUGAGUUUCUCUCGCCUAACAAGAACAACAUCAGCUUCAAACCCAACUCUCCUAUUGGCUCCCUGGAAGCGGAGACGAUUGUGCUGAAGCCCAGAGGGGUGGAGGAAAAGAUCAGAAGGCCAUACAUGCCUGAGGCAUCAGUUCGUCUGUUGAUAAACUACAAUAAGUCCCACAAGACGGUGGUGCGAGUCAAUCCAAGAGUGGCCCUUGAGAUGCUGCUGCCAGCGGUGUGUGACAAGUGUGAGUUUCAAGUGGAGACCACCAUAUUACUGAAAGACUCUUAUUCUGAAGAGCCUCUGGACCUGAGCAAAACCUUAAAUGAGCACGGACUGAGGGAAGUGUUUGCCAAAGACACAGCCGCUAAGGAGCCUGAGUCCCAAGAAGCAGCUGUCACUCAAACAGAGGUCAUCACACCACCUCCACUACAAGACCUGCCAAAGAAGAAGAAGGAGAAGAAACAGAAGGACAACACAGGAUUCUUCAGCCUAUUCAGAAAGAAGAAGAAGAACAAAGCUGCAACGGAAGGGGAAAGGAGUGCCCCAGCUUCUCCUGCUCCCAAAAAACAAGUGGGAGACAAUGUGCGGGGUCUUUCCUCCUCGAACACCCUGCCAUUGGAGAUGCCCAAGAAGAGACGGGCCCCUCAGCCGCCCAUCGGGGCCUCACAGAGCGUCCCCAACAACCUCGGGAACUGUCAUGUCGGAGGGUCACAGAGGUCAGCAGAAUCCACCUUAAGGAGCACCAAGAGGAGGGCCCCACCCCUACCCUGUGUUAACACCCACCAGGAGGUCAAAGCGUCCGUAGACUCCCUGACGGAGGAUCUGAGAGAAAGCGACGAGUCAGAAUCUGUAUCACUGCCCUCGUCUUCAUCACCAUCACCAUCCCAUCCACGUUCCUCUUCAUCCUUCUUACGUUCAUCCUCAUCCCGUUCAUUUGCUCAUCUCUAUGACGUGGCUGACCCGUAUCUGCCUUCGUUUCGGGGGAAAGACCUCUCUGACGCCCGCUCUGCUCUUGCCAAAGUCCUGACGUCCUCCAUGUCCAAAGGAGCGCUGGUCAGGCGUGUGAGGAACUCUGCCUCCUCCUUAAAGUCCAUGACUCCGAGGCGUUCGGAUAACGGAGGGUUCUGCGUAGAAUCUGUUCUAGAACACAAACUCCCAACUGAGCAUGAGUGGCAGGAUCCAGCACAAAGGAAGGGAAUGACCACGUUUAAAGUGGUUCCCUCGGGGAAGUCCUACAAUCCUGAACUCACCACAGAGCAGGGAACUGUAGAAGAUCACCCUGAGAGUGAAGGUUCUACUGCGGAGCCUGAAGAGGAUCCACCGGGGACUGAAACACCUUUACAGCACCCAGUACCUCCUGAGAAAUCUCUGCAGAGUCCAAAGCCUCCUGAAAAGCCUUUGCGUAGUCCAGAACUUUCUGAAUCACCCUUGCGGAUUCAAGACUCUUGUGGAAAACCAGUGCGGAGUCAAGAACCGUCUAAAACACCUUGCCGGAGUCCAGAACUUCCUGAAAAACCUUUGAGCACUCCAUACCUUUCUCAAAAAACAAUACUGGUUCAAGAAUGUUCCGGAAAACCUUUGGGUAGUCCAGAACCUUCUGAAACGGCUUUGCAGAGUCCAAAAACCCCUGAAAAACCUUCUGGUAGUCCAGAACCUUCCGAAACGGCUUUGCAGAGUCCAGGCUCAUCAAAAACACAUGUGCAGAGUCCAAAACCACCUGAAAAACCUUUGGGUAGUCCAGAACCUUCUGAAAAACCUUUGGGUAGUCCAGAUAUUUCUGAAAAACCUUCGCAGAUUCAACAGUCUUCCGAAAAACCUAUGAGGAGUCAAGAACCUUCUGAAACAUCCUUACAGAAUCCAGAACCUAUUUUGCAGAGUCAAGAACCUUCUGAAACAUCCUUACAGAGUCCAGAACCUAUUUUGCAGAGUCAAGAACCUUCUGAAACAUCCUUACAGAGUCCAGAACCUAUUUUGCAGAGUCAAGAACCUUCUGAAAAAACUCUGCAGAGUCCAGAACCUUCCGAACUUCCAAGUGACGGUCAGAUCAUCUUGGGGAAUGAAGCUGAGGAUCAAAGCCACAAUGGACAGUCUGAGAGUAAAGACGUAAACCAUUGUGGUUCACUCGCUGAAGUGAAGCAGGAAGUGGUUCAAGAAGAGGAAGAAGCCGAGGACUGUUUCCCUCCCCCUCCUCCACCCGUCUACUUUGAAGAAACCAUAGAGGAGAAAGAAGAUGCUUCCUCUCUGUCUUCUUCUCAGCAACCAAGUCCAACCUCCAACGGGAUUCAUCAGAAGGAGUCUUCCAGAAAACCUGCUAACCCAGCCCCCUCCAGGUUUGCAGAGGCCGUAGCAAUGCGCGUGCAGAGGUCCCGUCUCAGGAGCACAGGGAAGGGUUUAGACGCUCAGGUCCAGAGCAGACCACUUGGUACACCUCCAUCACCCCCCAGGUCCCCCUACCAAAAUGGUGCCUGACUGUCCCUGGAUCAUUUCGAAGUAGAUGAACAGUAUUUUUGCAUCAGUUUUAUGACAAGCAACUGACUUUUUUGUAUUCUUGUAUUUUUUUGUUCAAAGACACGUUGCUGUCUCAUUUUGUUGGACUUUAGACGAUGUUGAACAUACAUAUUUUGUCCACACAGCCAAAUGUACAGGAUAGAGUUGUUGACGAGACAACGUCCUGUUUUUUCUUUACUUCCUUUUGAAUUUGUAUUGAAGAUGUGCCAAGGCGGAUGCAAAGCUGACUUGAGAGUUUUUGUUUGUGUAAAACAAAUGAAUGUGCAAUAAUAGGUUUAUUUUAUUUCUGUGCCAGAGUUAGUUUUCCUCUAGGUUGUAAAUGUUAUAAUUGAUAAGGAAUGCAGUAUAACUGAUUUGCUGUUUGGCCAGCAGGUGGCAGUACAGUAUUAUUUAAAAAAUAAUCAAAUCUAUAGAAGAGAUUUUAUGUGAAGUCUAAGAGACACAUUUUAUUAUUUUAAGUUACAGUUAAUAUUGUUUUCUUAUGGCUCAAGAGCAUUAAUGAACUCACAUGACACAUUAUUAUUAUAUUUAUUUUUCGCAAUGCUUUGUCUGUCAAUUCUAAGGACUUUCCCAGAAUAAACCUGCAUUUAAUGACA